CUACAUUGUGUAAUUUUUACUUCCGGUUGUAGUGAGGGUGUGAAAAAAGUUUUGCAUUCCACCGAAAACGUGAUAACAACCGUGUAUUACCACGUCAAAUUAAUUAUCGAUAAUACUGAUUGAUUGAUUAAUCAUUAUGUCUAAAAAUACAGGUGCUAAUCGAUUUAGGAAGGUGAAUGUUGACCAGUACGACGAGGAUCGGUUUCAAGAAGAUGACAACGAUGACUCAGAACAAGGACCGAAUGAAAGUGAAGUCCAGAGCCUACUUACACAAAAUAAAAAUGUAGAUGCGUUGAAGGUGAUAUUAAAUAAUGCUCCCCUGGCAACCAAAAACCAACAAGUAAAAGAUCGAGCUUUAGGCCUGGCUGUACGUGUUCUAUUAGCGUUUAAAGCUAGUGAAAUAGAUGGCGCUGUUAAAUCUCUAGAUACUGUUAAUAUUGAUAUUUUAAUGAAAUAUAUCUAUCGAGGAUUUGAACGGGCCCAAGACAAUAAUACUGGUAUAUUAUUAACAUGGCAUGAAAAGGUUUUUGCCGUCGGUGGAUUGGGAAGCAUUAUGAGAGUUUUAACAGACAGAAAGAAAGUUUAAAUAUUCAACAUAGAACAAAUCAUCUUCAUCAUAUAUUGUCAUGAUGUACACAUAUAUUGUCAUGAUGUACACAUAUAUUGUCAUGAUCUGUCAUGAUGUACACAUACAUUGUCAUGAUGUACAUGUGUAUUGUCAUGAUACAGAAAAUGAUUUAAAGGACCACUAGUAGAAUGCCCAUUUACCAUAAUUAUAUAAAUUCAUUAGGCCAAUCUAUGUUUCCGUUUUUUUUUAUAAAUUUCUUCGGUCUUCAUUAGCCAGGUUGGUGCAGACGUUAAUUUUCAUUUUAUAAAUUUGUUUGCCUCCGCUGCUUUAGGUUCUGAGAUUAAGAUGCGUGUAUCGACUGUCUGUUCUCAUGAGACCCUUCUGUUCAUUAUCACAUCCCUUGAAAUCUACCUAAAUGUCUGAUGUGAUGACUGGAUAACAGAGAACACAGGAAGUUGCAUCCCAUUGAUCAUUUACGGACAAAGCAUCAAUUUCAUUGGCCAGAUGGAAAUAAAAUGUAGAGCAUGCUCGCGGUUAGAUGUCUUAAAUUAAAAAAUAGAUGAAAAUAAAUCCAAUAACAUGAAUAAGUCCAAACGUCUCUGGUAUUCAUUUGGAUCAAGUGUUUAUAACCGGAAUCUGUUCGAUUGAAAGCAGUGGUCUACAUGUAGUCAAGCUCGUGUUUUUAUGCCAGUUAAACUCUAUUUUUAUAAUAUUAUCUACUCAUGGUCCUGUUGUUGUUAUAUAUCAGAUUUCAAUAAGAGAACUAGGAUUCAUACAUUAAAUACAGACUCUCUUGAUAAUUUCCCGGAAACGCAAGUACGAGAUAGUGUCUGUAUUGUAAGGUGUUUAAUGGUCUUAAAUAGGACAAUGUGUAAUAUAUUGAAACUGACUCCCUGGCGCAGUAUUAAUAUAUUAAUUAAUCUCUCUCUCACGAUCAUUAACUAUACAUCAGGCUCUGAACCACACUGAUCCGCAGUGAAUAUUCGCUAGGCCGCGACAAUCACUGAUAAGGAUGACAUCGAUGCGACUUAAUGAGCCACAAAUAUUAACUUUUUUCUCCGACAAAUAAAAUUCUAAAACAUUUUUUUUUAUGUAUUAGAAAAAUAAAUAAAGACCUUUGAAGUAUUUGUAGGUAAAAAUUAUUUCCUAUUUUAGUGUAAAUGGGUAUUAAAAUGAGUAAAAGGCACCAUUCUGCUCGAAUCAGUAACAUCAAAGGUAAACAAUGCAUGCCCCAUUGAGCCAAUGAUUGAUGCCGCGUGAUAUGACAUCAUGUGUUGAAGGCAGUCAUCUUUUACAGAGAUAUUAGAAGACUUUCGUAAUACUCUGUGAAACAGAUUGGCUUUGAACAUAUAGCUAGUUAAUCGUAGUGGACCUCCAAUACAGUGGAUGUCAUAUCAAAUCCUUCUAGUGCAAAUUUUCAGAUAUUAAAUAAUUUAGCUUGUAUAGGUCUAUCCUUUUGUAGUUUUUUUUCGUUCGAUGCAAUUGUACAUGUGUUUACGUCAAAUAAUUUUAAAGGUAGUCACCCAUAUACCGCCAUCCCUGUGAAUAAAUCCAGGGGUCAGUGGCGUAGAACGAUACCACUAGGGAUACCGCCAUCCCUAUGAUUGAAUCCAGGGAUCAGUGGAUUUAGCAUUGUUUGGUUGAAGAUAAAUAUCUAUAAAUUUAGGGCCAUCUUGGAAAAUAACGACAACAUCAUUUACCUUUGAAUUCUAUGAGAAUGAGCAUGUAACUAUUGUAAAAGAAUAUAAUAUUGUCCUGAAUAUAUAUAUCAUGCCUCACAUUUAAUCAUCAUAUUAAAAUUAUAAAAAAUAAAUCACAA